UAGUUUACGUUUACGCCCUCCAGCCGCUGCUCAGCGGCAGUCUUCGUUUUAAAAGAUUGAUGGAAUUUGAAAACUGACCGAUAAUUCUUCCGCUUGAGAGCCACUUUCACUGUCAGCAGUGGUCCUCACCAAAAUAAAUAUUUAAUUUUUGAUUUUGUGUCAAAUUCAGUCACCGCCCGGGCGUCAUUCAUGUGCGUCCACAACGGCCUUAAAAAAUAAGUGAGCAGUGUUAAUGUUAUUUGCAUGUAGUGCAUUUAGAGGGACACGUGAAUUGGAGUAAUGGAUCCCAACAGGAUAAUUCAAGCUCUGAGAGGGACUAUCGAUCCUAAUCUGAGAAGAGCGGCUGAAGAUGAACUCAAUCAGUCCUACAAGAUCAUCAACUUUGCACCAACUCUGCUUCAGAUCAUUGCAUCAGAGCAGGUGGAGUUUCCAGUUCGGCAGGCAGCGGCUAUCUAUCUGAAGAACAUGAUUGGCCGGUAUUGGCAGGACAGGGAGCCAUCUCUGGGAAAGGUUGCCUUCCCUUUCAAUAUUCAUGAAAACGACCGCCAACAGAUACGAAACCACAUUGUGGAGGGCGUCAUCCGAUGUCCUGACACCAUACGCGCCCAGCUGACGAUGUGUCUUCGAAUGAUCAUCAAACACGACUUCCCAGGACGUUGGACUGCAAUAGUGGACAAGAUAAAUUUGUACUUACAGUCGAACAACAGUGGCAGCUGGUACGGCAGCCUGCUGGCUCUCUACCAACUCGUCAAAACCUACGAGUACAGGAAGGCAGAUGAGAGGGAGCCAUUGCUUGCAGCCAUGCAAAUAUUUCUGCCGAGGAUUCAGCAGCUUAUCAUCCAGUUGCUGAAUGAUGCCACAGUUUUCUCAGUCCUCAUUCAAAAACAGAUCCUUAAAAUCUUCCAUUCCCUCAUACAGAACUCGCUUCCUCUCCAGCUGAUCAACAAUACGGUGAUGACUCAAUGGAUGGAAGUCCUUCGAGCCAUAAUGGACCGUGAUGUUCCCGCUGUAAGACACAUUACCCGUUCAUUGCACACUGUUGCGGAAACUUUGGAGCUGGAUGAAGAUGACCGUCCUGAGUUAUCAUGGUGGAAGUGCAAGAAAUGGGCACUGCGUGCCAUUACAAAGCUGUUCAAGCGAUAUGGAAGCCCAGGCAACGUGGCAAAAGAGUACUUUGAAUUUGCGGAUUUUUUCUUGAAGACUUAUGCUGUGGGUUUACAGCAAGUCUUGUUGAAGGUUGUGGAUCAUUACAGACAGAAGCAGUAUGUUACUCCUUGUGUUCUCCAGCAGUGUCUCAACUACCUCAACCAGGGACUUUCCCAUUCUCUGACGUGGAAACAGAUGAAGCCUCACAUGCAGACUAUUUGUCAGGAGGUGAUCUUUCCUCUCAUGUGUUACAAAGAUGAGGACGAGCGGCUGUGGCAAGAAGACCCAUUUGAAUACAUCCGCAUGAAGUUUUACCUUUAUGACGACAGUGCCCUUCCCACCACUGCUGCUCAGAGCCUUUUGUGCAAUGCUGCACGGAAGAGAAAGGAGGUCCUGCCUCAAAUGAUGGCGUUCUGCCACCAGAUUUUGAUGGAUCCCACAUCUGACCCCCGAAGGACAGAUGGAGCACUACACUGUAUUGGAGCACUUGCUGAGCUACUACUUAAGAAGCGGCUUUACGUGGAUCAGAUGGAGUUGAUGCUACAAAACUAUGUUUUCCCUUUGCUAGACUCUCGAUUGUGUUACUUGCGAGCUAGGUCAUGCUGGGUCCUCCACUGCUUCAGUCAGCUGCAUUUCCACAAUGUGAUGGCUUUGAGGAAUGCCGUGGAGUUGGUCAAGAAGGACCUGGUUGAUGACAAUGAGAUGCCAGUCAAGGUGGAGGCUGCCAUUGCUUUACAAAUGUUGGUCAGCAAUCAGGAAGAGGCAAAACUGUACAUCCGGCCACACAUUCGACCUGUUAUGCAACAGCUGCUCCAUGUGGUGAAAGAGACGGAGAAUGAUGAUUUGACCAAUGUCAUUCAGAAGAUGAUCUGCGAGUACAAUGAAGAAGUUGCAGUAAUUGCUGUUGACAUGACACGGAAUCUGGCAGAGAUCUUUACCAGGGUUCUUCAGAGUGAGGAAUACGAGGAGAAUGAGGACAAGACCGUCAUCGCCCUUGGAAUUCUCAGCACCAUCGACACCAUUUUGACAGUUAUGGAGGACCACAAGGAGAUCACUCAACAGCUGGAGGACAUCUGUUUGCAAGUGAUUGGCCUGGUCUUGCAGAAACCUAUCAUAGAGUUCUAUGAGGAGAUUCUGUCUCUGGCUUUCGGACUCACAUGCCAGACCAUCUCCCCGCAGAUGUGGCAGCUGCUGAGCGUCUUGUAUGAGGUCUUUCAGCAUGACUGGUUUGACUACUUCACUGAUAUGAUGCCACUUUUGCAUAACUACGUCACCGUGGAUACAGACGUCUUCCUAUCCAACCCCAAGAACUUGGAAAUCAUCUACAGCAUGUGCAAAAAGGUGUUGACCACAGAUUCAGGUGAAGAAGCAGAGUGUCACGCUGCCAAACUGCUGGAGGUGAUCAUAUUGCAAUGUAAAGGCAGAGGGAUUGAUCAGUGUAUCCCUCUGUUCGUGGAGGCUGCGCUGGAGCGUUUGACACGUGGCGUUAAGUCCAACAAGCUUCGGAUCAUGUGCCUGGAAGUGGCCAUCGCUGCUCUUUACUAUAGCCCGGCCAUUCUUAUGCACACUUUGGAAAACGCACACUUCUCCCAGAACCCAGAGACGAUUACUGCCCACUUCAUCAACCAGUGGAUGAACGACACUGAAUACUUCCUUGGGAUCCAUGACCGUAAGAUGUGCAUCAUUGGCCUGACAGUGCUGAUGGAGCUUCCGAGCCGUCCGGCGGCUCUGGAGGCUGUUGCCACUCAAAUCCUUCCUUCUGUACUGCUCCUCUUCUUGGGCCUCAAGCACCUUUCUGCUUCCCAUCACAUCAACAAACCUGACCUGCUGGCAAACACGAGGACUUUGGAUGAAGAUAAAAAUGAGGAGAUUCCCAGUGAUGAGGAUGAGGUGAAUGAAAAAUGCAGUAUGAUGCCGCAGGAGUCUAGUGUGCCAAUGGGCCUAGGAGACGAGAGUAAUGAUGAAGAUGACUACUGGGAUGAUGAUGAUUGCUUUGAAGGAACGCCUCUCGAAGAAUACAGCACACCGCUUGACUAUGACAAUGGAGAAGAUGAAUAUCUGUUCUUUGCAUCUGCCCUGCUAAGAAUCCAGAAUACAGAUAUGGCUUGGUACCAGUGUUUGACUGCACCCCUCAGUGAUGACCAGAAAACACAGCUCCAGGAGAUUUACAGCAUCUCACAGCAAAGGAGGAGUACCGCAUCCAAAGGCCAGUGAGUGCCAAUGAGGAUUCUAAAGAAGAUAUUAUAUGAACUGACUAAAUGAAUUGGAACUUUGACUCCAAAUCCUGUCAGGCUGUCUUUUUUUUUUCCCAUUUGAGACAUUGUGCAAUUCUUAUAGUCCCUACUAUAGUAUCCACUAGGACAGACUGUUUUUAAAUUUCUUGACAUAAAAUGUAAUGGUAAAAUUCUUACUGUUAGUAAACU